AUGGAGUCCUUUAGCAGGAAAGAGGUGGAUAAAAUGGUAGGGAAAGACUGGGAGUUUAUUUUUGAGCCGGCUAUUGGUAAUGCUGGAGGCAUUUUAGUUUUAUGGAAAAAUGCCUUUAUCUCCUUUCACUCUUUCUUUAAAACAAAUCAGUGUAUCAUGGGGAAGGUUUGUGGAGUUAAUGGUUUGAGUUUGGAGGUGGCUGUUGUUUAUGCUAAUAAAGACAGAUAUAUAAGGAACCAAGUUUGGGAAGAUAUUUCCAAAACUCAUAAUAUGGAUGCUCCCUUGUUAGUUGGGGGUGAUUUCAAUUGCAUUAUGUCUCAAGAGGAUAAGAAGGGUGGAAAAGCUUUUCAUUUUUCUGGGGCUGCAGGUGAUAUGGGAAAUUUCAUGGCAGCUAAUGGCUUGGUUGAUCCAGGUUUUUUGGGUCCAGCUUAUACAUGGACAAAUAACAAAGAUGCGAGAAGUAGGAUUUUUUCAAGAUUGGAUCAUUUUCUUAUUAGCUCCUCUAUUUUGGAUUCCUUCCAAGGAUUAAAGGUACGACACCUUACUAGACUUGCUUCUGAUCAUUGCCCAAUUCUAUGUUCCUUUCAAAGUGAAGUGAGGAGAUCUUAUUCUCAUUGGAUAAAAUUUGAAGAUGUGUGGGCUAGCUUACCUAAAGCUUGGCAACUGGUUUGGGAUAAAUGGAAAGUAGAUGAUGAGGGAAAUGAGGCUUGUAAGCUAAAUAAGAAGUGUCAAAGAACUUUGAAGGCUCUAUUUUUUUGGAGUAAAAACAAAGUUAAAAUGUUAAAUCAAUUGAAAGAGGAGCUUGACAAGGAGAUUAAGGAGUUGCAGGAAUUGGAGUGUUUGCCAAGUGGUUUGACUGUUAUUCAAGAGGAAGCUUUGAAAUAUAAAGUUCAGUUGCUUAACAGUACUCUGGCUCGUUUAAUGUUGUGGUGGAAGCAACGAGCAAAAGUUAGAUGGAUUGAAGAGGGAGAUGGCAAUACACGUUUCUUCCAUUCUAUGGCUUCUGCAAGGAGGAGGACAAAUAGUAUUAAUUCUUUGAAACUAUCUGAUGGUAAUGUGGUUUCUGAGCAAAGUGAGAUUAUGAAGGGUAUGCAUGAGUUCUUUGAACAUAAAUGGAAGGGACAAGGUAUUAUCAAACAUGGCUGGCCUUCUUUUGAGCUGCAAAGGGAUUUCUUGUCACAUUUUUUUGGGAUGCUGGACAGUGAAAUUUCCAGAGAGAAAAUAUGGGAGGUUGUAAAAUCUUUUGGCUGA